UAAACGCCUUCAUAAUACUCCCACGUGGUCCGCACUGCAGCUUACAACCUUAACUUCCUAUGUCUCAGUUUUUACGACCGCUCGCGCUUUUCAGUGCAUCAUGGUCUCGCUCAUAUACAAUUGGGAGAACCAGAACUCUCAAGCAGUCUAGGUCAUGCAUAAAACCGUUACUAUGGGGUGCUGUUUCCGUAUUUUCAGCUGCUUAUGCAGUACAGAGUACCGCGACCAUCCAUCUCGAUGCCGAGCCAUCUCUACCCGACUCCGAAUUUGAGACUGAUCCCGCAACAUCAAUUGCUUUCCCUAAAACGCUUCGCAUACCAUCAAAGUUCCCCUUGCCUCAAUUCUCACUCGUUGGCGUUGGCGUGAGGACCGUAUCAUUCCUUGGGAUAAAGGUUUACUCCGUUGGCUUCUAUGCCGAUCUUGCCAAUCCAAACUUGAAUAUUCCCGUGACCGCAACCCCGGAUGAAAAAAUCGAGCACAUCGUCCGCAAUACCGCAUGUGUCCUCCGAAUAGUACCCACUCGCAGCACAUCUUACUCACAUCUCCGUGAUGGCUUCAUGCGUGCCCUCACUGCGCGCAUGCAGCUUGCACAUGCACGUGCUACGAUCACACCAGCAGAAGAGGCCGCAGCCCAGUCCCCCCUGAGGGAAUUGAAAUCACUUUUCCCGACUACGGCACUGUCAAAGGGCACAGCGCUUGACGUAGUACUCGUCGCGCCAUCACGUAGCCCAUCUCGUCCACGAAGUCUGAUUUUCAGAGAUAUGGGUUCAGUCGAAAAUGAUUGGGUGGCAGAGGAAUUUGUCUUGGCAUAUUUCGAGGGUAAUGGAAUUAGCCCUCCGUUGAAGAAGACUGUCGCAGAACGAGUGCGAACACUGGGGAAGUAGCCUACAACACCGCUAGUGUAGUUGAUACCCUCGGGCCAAAGGCAUACAGCUAUAAGGAUGAUACUUGGACGCGAAAAUGCAUCCCGUUUAGCUCAGUGGUAGAGCGCGUCA